AUGCAUCUUCUGAUGAUUUUGAAAAACGAGUGGAAGCCUAGAACGGCUUCUGAAAUCGAUCACAUAGUUUGUGUUGAGCUUCCGGAUCCAGAAGAAGAUCCAGAACUUUUUGAAAUUAUCUCCAGUGUGCAAAUGCACCGACCAUGCGGAAUAUACAACCCAG